AGAAAAUCCCAAAGAGACUGAUAAAACGUACUUAUAUGCUUACUAAGUUACUGCUGCCCAUCCGCAGUCAUGGUAAACAAGUUCCGCAAGCAAAUUGGUGAAGUCUCUUCCAUUUCUAACAUUUCUCAACCCAAAUUCUGCAAGAUCAUUUUUAGCCCACAUGAAUUAUGCCGUCUCAGGAUUCCAAAAGGAUUUGCCAGCAGAUAUUGCAAGAACAUCUUAAACCCUGUGUAUCUUGAGGUUCCCAGUGGAGAAGUAUGGGAGGUUGAACUGGAACAUUCUGAAGGCCACAUUUGGCUAGCUGAAGGCUGGAAGGAUUUCAGCGACUAUUACUCAAUAAGACGCGGGAACUUUUUUAUGUUCGGAUACAAUGCUCGUUCUCAUUUUAAUGUCACUAUAUUUGAUUUUAGUGCAGCAGAAAUUGAAUAUCCACCAGCAGAGAUUGAGUCGGAUGAUUCUAUAGAUAUUUCGGAUGUGGUUGAGCAUUCUUCUGAAUAUCUGAGCUAUGACCCCGUAGUGCAGGAGAGAAAAAGAAUAAGACAAGAAGGGGAAGAAGAGGAUGAUAUUCCAGUUGAACAUCAAACUAAUGUAAUCGAUGAAGAAGAGUUUCAAGGGAAUGUAGUUUCACUAGUAAUAAGUGAAGAUUGCGAGGAGCACGAACAACAAUCCAACAUUGUUACCAGUAAGAGAAAGGCAGAGAGGGAUGAAGGGAUAGCUGAUAACUAUCAAAGAGCAAAAGCUUUUAAAUCUAAGAAUCCAUUCAUUGUAUCUUUUAUGCAUCCAUCGUAUGUCUCGAAACCACACACUCUGUACAUUCCGUUGAAAUUUGCUAGGAUGUAUUUCAUGGGGAACAGUGGCAAUUUAGUGUUGCGUGUUCCAGGGAAAGGAUCUUGGCCUGUCAAAUGCAUUAUGCUAAGGAAAGAUGCUAAAGUUACUUGUGGUUGGAAGGCGUUCGUUCUGGACAAUAAGUUAAAAUAUGGUGAUGUUUGUGUCCUUGAAGUAAUUAAUGACACUAAGCUUUCCUUGAUAGAUGUCACCAUAUUUCCAGGGAUUUCUGAUGGUACAAACUGAGUCUAUCAAUGCUGAGGCUUUUGGUUCCAUGUUCUCAACACAUAGAUACAUCCUAUCAAAGAGCAACAGCUUUUACAUCUGAAAAUCGGUUCUUCAACACAUAGAUCCAUUCUAUUUGCCUUUUGUAAGUUCCUGCCUUUCGCAAAGGGGAGUCCUCCUCCCAUUAAAUUAGAGAAAUUUCGCCCAAAGCAUGUAACACCUUAGAGUUUUUUAUUUUGUAAUAUUAGCUUCUUGUAUGGAGGGUUUUUGUCAUGAA